AUGUCCCACCUCCAUUCCUCCAGUCUUUGGGAAAGCAAGGCCGAAAGUGUUUUCGGAUGCACUGAGCUCGUCGCCAUCAUCUUCGAAGCCUAUCUCGAAUCUCAAUCCCCUGGAGACUGGCAAAUCGAUGCUCAGAAGAGGUCAACUCUCAAGGUGGUAUGCAAGUUUUGGAGAGCGGUAUUAGAGUCGACACCAGAUCUGUGGUCGAAUAUUGUUUUAAUCCCGGAGAUGCCCCCGAGUUAUAUGGACCAGUUUUUUCGAUUUUCCAAGGCCGUUUCGAAGCGUCUGGAAAUUCGACUCUAUGUCUCGGGGCCCGGCAUUGUAAACUUCUCGUCUCACGUCGGGCCUCUGCUAGUUUCGGCCGCUGAAACAAUUACCCACCUCUCCAUGCGCUACAGUUCCCUCGCUGAUUGGAAUGUUUUCGCAAGCCAACUAUCUAUCUUGAACGUCCAGUCUACUUUUUCAUCGCUUCGGCAACUUCAUGCAACCGUGACGUCCCUUCAUAACUCAGGAAACUCGAUCGAUAUCCCGCAUCCAUUUCCAGGGUUGGCCACUGAGAUACAGUACCUUCAUCUCGAGGGCCUGCCACUCACUCCCUCCAUCGCCGGCUCGAAUCUCAUUUCUUUAACCCUCCUUAACUUGGACUUGGUUCAUAGCAACGCAGCCUCAUCUCGGACCUUGGUUGUGAACCUGUUGGAUUGUCUCCGUUCAACUCCAAAACUCAACACCCUGAUGAUCGGGGAGCUGAACGAAUGCUGCGUUCAUGAGUCUGUCCAGGUUGUUGUGCUUCCGAAUCUGCACCGCUUAACCUAUCUUUGCAAGCAACCGCUGCCCCACUGCGGAUUCUUGAUCUCGCUCAUCACAGUCCCCCAACUUGAAACCCUUUCCGUCCGUUUGCCCAAUAUUCAUGGCACACGCAGCUUCAUUUCGGGAAACCAAUCCAAGAUUUCCAUCGUCACCGAACUCAACCUGUUGGGUGAUGUCAAUAAUUAUGUCGAGUUUAGCUCUGGUCAAGCAAGGCUUUUGCUACUGAUGACGCCAAACAAACUGGAACGGCUGUAUAUUCUUGAUACAGUGGCACGAUUUCACAUUAAUAUUGAGCGGAGAGCGUUCUACCAACCGUUCAUUGUGGAAAUAUUGGUGCACGCGUUAACUCUUCCUACGAUUCAGCUCUUGGUCAUCCCUACAUCAUUUUUCCCCCCGCAUCCAGUUUCGCGCAUGAGUUCGCUGGUGUCUGUAUUCGGGCAGGUUUUGAUGCGCGCUAGAACCAAGCGUAUCUACGAGGAACAUGCGUUGUGCAAUCCUUCAGAUGUCGAAGAAGACCACUUAAUCUGUACUCGUCUCUGGUUUUGGGAAGAUCGCCUCCGCUAUCGGGAUACACCAAGUCACCCAACAACUCCCUUCUACUCCCGCUUCCUUCGUUGGACGAUCCCCCAUAACGUUGAAAUGUCUUGA